AUGAGCAAAGUGAACGUGCACGACCCGGUUGACCUGUGGAAGCGUGCCUCUAUCGAAACAAGAGAUGCGCUCAGCUCACCUAAACCUGCUUUGUCGAGAGGAAAAAUAAGUGAACAUUUCUCUGGAGAACGGUCGGUGGUAUGGACGAGUUUAUCGCAGAUGGCGCCGGCUGAUCAAGCGAAGUUCAUGAACAAAUUAGUCUCAUAUUGGCCAUACACUAUGGAACGGCGUUCACUUAUAUGGCCGUUGCAUGUUGGAAUUGUGACAAAUUCAAUCACGUCGAGUAUUAUUGCAACAAGAAUCAGUUCGGAAAUGUUUCUGUUGAAAGCCGAUACACCAUUUUUGGAUGGUGUACGACAGUGUCCAAAAUCGCCGUUGUUUUUCGGUGUUUACACGUCCGGUGUUAUUUUGUAUAUAUUUCACCAAAUGUUCAUUUUCAACGAAAUUUAUAAGGAAAAUAGGCCAUGUUCAUCAUGCAUUCUAUCUCAAAGUAUUUUUAAUUCGUUACUGUCGGGUAUCGCGGUCCCUAUGUUCACACUUCCAUAUCUGUCUUAUUACGUGCUGUUGAAUCGAAAGACCGAAAAAUAUCCUCGUAUCAGGUCAUACAUUGAUUUUUUGGCACUCAGCUGGGAAGGGUCGCGUGCCGUUUGGAGGAUUCUUCCUCACUUAAUGGCCUUCCAAGUAUUGGUCGCUGCAGUUGGUAGUUACUGUACUCUUUGGGGUCGGAAUAAGAUAUUCGAUUCUAUGGAUGCGGAUCCGGAUUUGGUGCGUGAGACGAUGAUCAGAGCACAGGAUAAACUGCCACUGAAGGAACGAUUCGAACGUUUCAUCAUGAGGAUUCCCAUUUUCGGAAGAUUGGUUAACGACAACGAGGACGUUCCCGACAAAUAA